AUGUUUACAGCUCUGAUAUUUAUCUUGGCUAUUGCUAUUUUCUUUCUUGAAAAUAUCGUUAGCAGGUUGAGGCUCCCCAGGCUAUUAAUGCCGGAAAAUUUCGAAUUACAAGACAGAACUCGGAUGACCGACGAGAAUAUUAAUAUUAUCGAUGAGCAAAUAUGUUUUAUAGUUUUACGUUAUACCUAUGAAGCGGGUUGUAAAUCCGGAGGCACUGGUAGUGCCUCAGCCAAGUACAUGUUUAUUUAUAUUAUACUGUUCUCCCUGUUCUUGAUAGGAGUAGUAGCUAAGAUCCGAGAAUGCUCGAAGGCCUGCGAGCCUACCCGAAGCAUCUAG